AUGGUUUACAGGUUCUUAGGCAUGGCUUAUAUUUAUACAAUUUUGGCGAUACUAUCUUUGAUACAAGAAUCAUUAUGCGCCGAAUUGUAUUUCUUAGCUUCUAAGCAAGUUGAACUUUCGGAACCUACUGCAGCUUUUUUAUCCAAAGCUGAUGUUAUGCAAGCGAACAAAUACAUGCUGGGAAUGACAGCUGAAACUCCUCUAACAUGGGCAAUUGAGGGUGAUAUUUUCAGAAGACCACGAGCAUUAGCAGUAGUUACUGUCAUUAAUGGAAAAGCUCUGAGCAACUUACCACCAUCCAAAUAUGCUGUAUCGGCAGAUGGCGAAGAUUUCAAUCAUGAAGAAUUGGUUAACAAUAAAGUAUUUCGUGAUGAAGGACAAGAAUGGAUUCUGAUGCAGAACGCAAUGCUGGAAGGUUCACAAAUUGCUUAUGAUGCUCAGAAUACUUUGUUAGGAAUUCAAGUCAAGACGAAAAGCAAGCCACUACGACAAGAAAUUGAAAAUCUUUAUAAAAUUGCAGAAUCGAUAAGUAAAUCGAAAGUUGCUCGUACUAGAAACACCCCAACAAUUUUUAUUAUCAACGUGAAUGGUUUGCCAGCUGCUGAGAAGGAAUUAUCCAAAAACGAAUAUAAACUAGCUAUUGACGAGCUGGAAAGCGCAAUUCAACAUUUAAUUUCUGUACUGCGGAAUACAUACAAUGAUCGUGUAAUUGCGGAGCUCAUUACGGAAUCAAAGUCUGAAAUCAAAAAGAGACAAAAAAGACAGGAAGAUAGUCCUAAAAGUCCAUCUGACCGGAUAAUGAAGUUACGAAAGGAACUAAACGUUUAUCAGUUUUCAUCUGGCAAUUAUCCGGCUACUUUUGGCAUAUUUCUACUCGUAAGUGUUGCACUUUUUUUAAUUGUUCUCUUUGUAACUGUUGGUUUGUGGAAUAUGGAUCCAGGUAAAGAUUCAAUUAUUUAUCGUAUGGUAACAACUCGGAUGAAGAAAGAUUAG